UCGCCUUCUCCCCAACUCUAAUGGGUUAUCUCCUCUGAUAACUAGAAACUCCAAAAGCGCGAAGGAAUGGAUAGGCUACUUAGACUCGAACCGUCGAACCGAGUGGUGGUCCGUGUCGAACCGGGCCUGCGAUGCUACGGCUCACUGACUCUACGCAACGUGAUGUACACCAUGCCCGUGGCGUUCCGGCUCCUGCCACUGAACCGAACCCGGUUCGCUAUACGACCCCAAACCGGAAUCAUCGCCCCGCUCGCGACGCUUACGGUGGAGAUCACAUACCUGCCGCCGCAGCCCCCGGCUCCGAUACUCCCGGAAUCCGCGCCGCACUCCGACGAUACCUUCUUCCUCGACUCCGUCGUCGCUCCCGGUGCUUCUGUUAAGGAUGGAGCCGCAUUCUCCUCGCUUGAAUCCGUUCCCGCCGACUGGUUCACCGCGAAGAAGAAGCAGGUUUUCUCCGAUUCCGCUCUCCGUGUCUUCUUCGUCGGAUCUGCCAUUCUUUCUCGUCUUGUUGCCGAUGGAGACAUGGAGAAAGUUCGCGAGGUUCUUGAAGCCAGCGAUCCUGAGUGGCAUUCGGCUGAUUCAACCGACGCCCAAGGGCAAACACUCCUCCACCUCGCCAUUGCCCGCAGCCGCGCUGAUUUGGUCCAGCUGAUCCUCGAAUUCGGCGCCAACGUCGAAUGCCGCAGCCGCGCAGGCCGAUCGCCGCUCGAAUCUGCCGCUGCUAUCGGCGAAGCCCUGAUCGCGGAGCUUCUCCUCGCGCGGGGGGCCUCCACUCGGAGCUCAUCUCGAUCUUCUUGGUCGCCAUUGCACCAUGCGGCCGUAGGAGGGCAUUUGGAGGUUCUCCAGAUUCUGCUUCUGAAAGGCGCGGCAGUGGACGUGGUGGCCGCGGACGGGCGAACACCGCUGCACCUCGCGGCCGAGGAACGUCGUCGAGAUUGCGUGGCGGCGUUGCUGGCCGCAGGCGCGUCUGGAGAUGCGCGCGGCGGAGCGACGGGGAGCACGGCGCUGCACGUGGCGGCAGCGAUGGGGGACGAGGCGACUGCGAGGAUUCUAAUUGAGAAGGGUUGUGCAGGGUUGAAAGAGGCCAGGAACUCGGCGGGGAAGACGGCAUAUGAUCUGGCAGCAGAGGAAGGGCAUGCGAGGCUAUUAGGGUUGUUGAGGCUCGGCGAAGGAUUGGCGGCGGCGGCGAGGAAAGGGGAAGGGGGGAAUGCUGUGAGGGCGAUUGAGAUGGGGGCGGCAGUGGAUGGGAGAGAUGGAUGGGGCUGGACAGCAUUGAUGAGGGCGGGGUUUAAAGGGAGGGUGGAGGUAAUGAAGGUUUUGAUUGAUAAAGGGGCGGCGGUGGAUGCGAAGGAUGAAGAAGGGUACACAGCGCUACACUGUGCGGUAGAAGCAGGCCAAGCGGAGGCGGUGGAGGUGUUGGUGAAGAGAGGAGCGGAUACGGAGAUGAGAACAGGGAAGGGGAGGACGGCGAUGGAGAUCGCGUCGUCCUUAGGGUAUGCAGGGAUUGUGAGGAUAUUGUCGCAGGGUGGAGCGUCAGAUGCGAUGGUGCCGGUGGUUCCGACGCCGGUGGGGGCGGCGCAAGUGGUGGAGAGGCCGGGGAAGGAGAAGUUGGGGAAGGGGAGGAUUGGAGUCGGGAAGGAUAGAGAUAAGGAGGGGAGGAAGAAGGGAGGGAGAAUAGGUAAUCGCGCUGGCAGUGUUGGUGGAGCGGGGAUGAGAGGAGCUUUUGUGGAUCGACCGGCGGGGACGGGGACGGCGGUGGCGACUUACUAGUAAUCAUUUUAGAAACCUCUCAAGCGCCAAAGGAGUGGAAAGGGGGCAAAUAUGAA